AUUGGGUCUCGUCACGUGUUUUGCCCCUCACCGGGCCUUGGCUUGUCAGCUCUCCAAGGUUCACGAAAUUUAUAUGAAUCAUCGAACGUCAAAUAUUGUCUGAAUUCCGCAUUUCGCAUUCUCUUCUUCGAUACACGCCAACUUUUUGCUCUUUCCGUCAACACCUUUGCAAAGCAAGCUGCUAUCAAUAGUACUCCCGUCAUUCGAGAAUUAAUCAGCGAGGGAAACUUUCCAGUCGCGUUGAACGAUCACCCUAUUUGCUGCUGUGAAGGACUUCCCGAACACUUUGAAGCUCAACGUACGCCGGACAGCCUGCUUAGGGGGUUAAAGAUAUGCGAUUAUAUGCUUUGAUCAUCUUUCUGCUCUGCAUCUUGUUACAUGUCGACGCGGGCGAACAGCGAUGCAAAUGUGUACCUGGUGAUGCUUGUUGGCCUACUUUCAACGAAUGGAGCGACUUCAACACGACACUCGAUGGCGCACUUAUCCGAAGCGUUCCACCUGGAGCAGUCUGCUACCCUUCGAGGCCGGAGUUCAAUCGAGAAGCGUGUGACUUCGUGACGUCGCGCUGGUUCGAUUCUUCAUAUCAUGCUACGCAUCCCGUCAGUAUCGACUACCCUAUAUGGGCAAACAACUCUUGCAAUCCACUAUUUCCAAACGGAACUAGCAUCACUGGCAAUCCACAUGCUGAAGCGCAAGGAUGUAGUAUCGGCAACUACCCCGCCUACGUAGUGAAUACCACCACUGCUUCUCAAAUCAGCACAGCUCUAGUUUGGGCAAGUGCAAGGAACAUUCGCGUUGUCGUGAAGGCCACUGGACACUCAUACCAAGGUCGCAGCACUGGUUAUGGCAGCCUAAGUAUAUGGACGCACCAUAUGCGUGGCAUCGAUUAUCUCGCCUCUUUCAGCCCGGCGUUUUGCCCUGAUCGGAAUGUCUCAGCUGCUGUGCGUGUUUCAGCAAGCCAUACGAACAUUGAAGUUCAAGAAGUAGUUGCUCAGUACGGAAUGGCGAUUGUAACAGGUGCCAAUCCUAGCGUUGGGCUCAUUGGGUGGCUCACGGGCGGUGGCCAUGGACCGCUUUCGACCAGCUACGGGAUGGGGGCCGACAACUUGCUUGAGGCCUCCAUCGUCACACCGGACGGUAAAAUCGUCCUCGCAAACCCAUGUCAAAACCAAGAAAUGUACUUCGCCGUACGAGGCGGAGGUGGCGGAACAUUCGGCAUCAUCACUGAAGUCGUCGUUCGCACCUUCCCAACUCCAAGAACUACUGCCCAUACCUUCCAAGUCCGCUUCAAAGACUCAGGCAGAAGCACCAAUUUUUAUGAGUUCUUGGGAUAUCUGCACGCAGAGAUGCAGCGGCUGAAAGAAGGCGGCAUGCAAGGGUAUUACCUGGUUGUUGGACCGCCUAUCGUCCCUACGCUAUCAUUCUCCUGGACAUUCCUACUUUACAACACUCCAAACGGAGUAGUUGAGCAACUCAUGGAACCUAUCGAAGCGUAUCUGCACGAGAGGAAGGAGAUGUUUGAAUGGCAAUCAGUAAUAUCGCACGCGAACACGUAUCUUGAGAUGCACAAAUCCAACUUCACAAACGAACAAGUCGCAAAUAGCGGCUCAGCAUAUGGCUCGAGAUUGCUCAGUGCUGAAAGUCUGGCGGAUCCAAACCUUACAGCGGGCGUAUUUUCGAAGAUCGGGCCCACUAAUAAUGCCUCUAAGCCAAAUGGACCAGCAGCUAACCCAGUCCUCAUCGGCCACAUGAUUGCUGCACCAAACGAAUCAGCUUACUACCCUCUUCAGAGCUCUCUGAACCCUGCAUGGCGCAACACUCUCACGCACCUUAUCGUCGUAUCGCCGUUCGGUGACACUGCAUCCCAAGCCCUCAUAGAUUACGUAUAUUUAGAUAUUACACGCAGAAAAAUCGAGGCACUGCGGCAACUGAGCCCCGACACUGGCGCAUACUUCAACGAAGGGGAUAGCUAUGAACCGGAAUGGCAACAAGCGUUCUGGGGCGAAAAGCAUUGGAUGUUGAGGGAAGUGAAGAGGCAAGUUGACCCAAAGAGCGUACUUUGGUGCCGUAGAUGCGUUGGAAGUGAGGCUCUGGUGGAGACUGAGGAUGGGCGGUUGUGUGAGGUGAAUGCGGAGGGCCACGACGAGCUUUGAGGUAGACCAGCUGAAGCAUUGGCGGCUUUGGGCUGUUGA